AUGGUAAUGGAGGCGUCCCCAUCCCCGCAGAGCGUUGGCCGCGAGUUCGUCCGCCAGUACUACACGCUGCUGAACAAGGCACCAGCCUUUCUGCAUAGGUUCUACAACAACUACUCGUCGUUCGUCCACGGCGGCCUGGAUGCGCCCAACCGCGAGACGCUUCCAGUGAUCGGACAGAAGCAGAUACACAACCGCAUCCAGCAGCUCAACUUCCGCGACUGCCAUGCCAAGAUCAGCCAGGUGGACUCGCAGGCGACGCUGGGCAACGGCGUGGUGGUGCAGGUGACCGGGGAGCUGUCCAACGGCGGCGCGCCGAUGCGCCGCUUCACGCAGACCUUCGUGCUGGCCGCCCAGUCGCCCAAGAAGUACUACGUGCACAACGACAUCUUCCGCUACCAGCGCCCGUGCCCGCCCCCGCCCCCGCCCCCGCCCCCGUCGCCGCGCCCGCUCCCGCCCCGCACGUCAACGGCCACCCGCCGCCCUUGGAGGAGACGCGUCAUCUCGUCGCGGCGCUCCAGGGUCAGUAUGACAAUGGCGAGCUCAAUAUCCGGCCCGAGCGAGCGGGAGGCGGAAGCGGAAGCGGAGACGCCGGCGGCUGGUGCGCCCCAGCCCGCGCCUGAGCCCGACCAAGAACGGGAGCCCACGCCGCCGCCAUCGCAGCCCGCCGUGCCGGAGCCCAAGACGUACGCGAACCUGCUGAAGUCGGGCUCGGGCGGGCCUUCGGCGACGCGCAGCUCGCCGCCCGCCUCCGCGCCCGCGCCCGCUCCCGCCGCCGCGCCCGCGCCCGCCUCCGCCCCCGCUUCAGCAUCCGCAUCCGCGCCCGCGCAAGAGCAGCGCCCGCGCCCGCCACGCGUGCAACAGCCGCCCGCGGAGGGCGGCGCCGGGCGGCGCUACUCGGACUCGCAGCAGCUGUUCCUGGGCAACCUGCCGCACUCGGCCACGGAGGAGGAGCUGCGCGCGCUGUUCGCGCGCUUCGGCGCCGUGGCCGAGCUGCGCGUGCACGGCAAGGGCGGCCACCCCAACUACGGCUUCAUCACGUACGAGUCGCCGCAGGCGGCGCUCGAGUGCCUGCGCGCGCCGCCGCUUUACUUCCCGCCCGACGGCGCCGAGCCCGUCAAGCUCAACGUGGAGGAGAAGAAGGCGCGCGCGCGCCGCCGCCCGCUCUCCUCGCACCGCCCCGCCUUCCAGCCGCGCCAGCCCUUCCGCCGC